AUGGCGACCGAGAACGAAACGGCUUUGAUUGACCUCACGCCGGCGCAGCUGGAAUCGUGGAAGCGCGACGGCUUCCUCUACAUCAAGGCCCAGGACUUCUGGACGCCCCAGCAAAUCGAAAAUCUCAAGAAGUGGACCGCUGAUGUGGAGACGUGGUCCGAGACGCCCGGCAAGUGGAUGAUGUACUUCUCCAAGUCGGUGCGCCAGGACGACGAGGGCCGUCGGCUGCUCCACCGGCUCGAGAACUUCUUCGACUUCCACGCGGGCUUCAACGAGGCCUUCAACGGCGAGCGCUUCCUCCACCUCGUCACCCAGCUCUUCAACGGCGACCGAGCCAUCCUCCACAAGGAGAAGAUCAACUUCAAGUACCCCGGCGGCGAGGGCUUCGAGCCUCACCAGGAUCACGCCGCGGGCUGGUGGAUGUACGGCCAGAGCCUGCACAUCUCGAUCAUGGUCAACAUCGAUCAGGCCACCAAGGAGAACGGCUGCCUCGAGGUGGUGGCGGGCGAGCACAACAAGGGCCUCCUCGGUCCCGAGUUCCAGGCCGUGCCGCAGGAGCUCGUCGACAAGUACACAUGGAUUCCUCUGGAAACCAAUCCGGGCGAUAUCGUCUUCUUUGAUUCCUACGUUCCUCACCGCUCGGCGCCCAACCUCAGCGACAAGCCCCGCCGCGUGCUCUACGUGACCUACUCCAAGGAGAAGGAGGGCGACUACAGGAGCAAGUACUACGAGGACAAGAGGCAGUCGUUCCCGCCCGACUGCGAGAGGGAGGAGGGCAAGGACUACUCCUACAAGAUCUAA